UCGGGCACUUCUGAACUUGUGGCAAGCAAGGCGGAAGCAGGCUGAAAUCCGAAGCAGGAAAGGCAAAGAAAGGUAAGGGUUGGGGUCCGAUUAUGAACCCGAGAAGUGGGAGCUAGACACAGAGACACGCACAUGGGCAACACAGGCACGGGAUGGGGGUGGACAGGAGAAACGGGAAAGGUGGGGACAAGUGCCGCUGGCCACACAGAGGGACACAGGGUGUUGGCAGGUUCCAGGUGUGUCUUGAACCCCACAGGCCUGGAGCAAUGGCAACCCCAGCGAUCUCAGGAUCCCCAGCACCCACCCCAGGGACCGACAUCUCCAGCAGAGGGCCCCAAAGCCCUUCUGACCCAUCGCCAGAGCCCAAGCAGCUCCCGGAGUUGAUCCGCGUGAAGAGAGACGGAGGCCGCCUGAGUGAAGGGGACAUUAAGAGUUUUGUUCGCGCUGUGGUGGACGGGAGCGCACAGGGUGCACAAAUAGGGGCCAUGCUCAUGGCCAUCCGACUGCGUGGCAUGGAUCUGGAGGAGACUGUGGCACUGACCCAAGCCCUAGCCAACUCUGGACAGCAGCUGGAGUGGCCAGAGGCCUGGCAUCAGCAGCUGGUGGACAAACAUUCCACAGGGGGAGUGGGUGACAAGGUCAGCCUGGCCCUGGCACCUGCCCUGGCUGCCUGUGGCUGCAAGGUACCCAUGAUCAGUGGACGUGGUUUGGGCCACACAGGGGGCACCCUGGAUAAACUAGAGUCUAUUCCUGGAUACACCGUCAUUCAGAGCCCAGAACAGAUGCAAGGUCUGCUGGAGAAAGUGGGCUGCUGCAUCGUGGGUCAGAGUAAGAAGCUGGUUCCUGCAGAUGGAAUCCUGUAUGCAGCCAGAGAUGUGACAGCUACUGUGGACAGCCUGCCACUCAUCACAGCCUCCAUCCUCAGUAAGAAGGUGGUGGAGAGCCUGUCUGCUCUGGUGAUCGAUGUGAAAUUCGGAGGGGCCGCCGUCUUCCCUAGGCAGACAGAGGCCCGGGAGCUGGCAAGAACGCUGGUUGCUGUAGGGGCAGGCCUGGGGCUUCGGGUUGCCGCGGCUCUGACUGCUAUGGACAACCCCUUGGGCCGCAACGUGGGCAACUCCCUGGAAGUGGAGGAGGCCCUGCUUUGCUUGGACGGCGCGGGGCCACCGGACCUGCGGGACCUGGUCACUAGGCUUGGGGGCGUCCUGCUCUGGCUCAACGGACUGGCGGAAGCCCAGGCAGAGGGAGCAGCCCGGGUGGCUGCAGCGCUGGACGACGGCUCGGCCCGGGACCGCUUCGAGCGCAUGCUCGCGAUGCAGGGUGUGGACGCGGGCCUGGCCCGAGCCCUGUGCUCCGGGACUCCCGCGCAGCGCCGGCAGCUGCUGCCCCGCGCCCAGAAACAAGAGGAACUGCUCGCGCCCACCGACGGCACCGUGGAACUCGUCCGGGCGCUGCCGCUGGCGCGCGUACUGCACGAGCUCGGGGCCGGGCGCAGCCGCGCCGGGGAGCCACUCCAACUGGGUGUGGGCGCCGAGCUGCUGGUCAGCGUGGGCCAAAGGCUGUGCCGCGGGACGCCGUGGCUCCGCGUGCACCUGGAUGCGCCUGCGCUCAGCGACCCGCAGCGCAGUGCCCUGCAGGAGGCGCUCGUGCUCUCGGACCGUGAACCUUUCACCGCCCCCUCGCCCUUUGCGGAGCUCAUCUUGCCGCCAACCACUGCGCAGCAAUAAAGCCCGAGAGCCGUAAA